AUGACUGUCCCUGACCUCCACCAGGUUACUUUUGUCUGGCCGCAUCCCGAGCCCGAAUCCGUCAUUGUCACUGGUACUUUCGACGAGGUUUGUAAGACCGAUGUAAACGAGCCGGCGACGUCUCAGCUUAUCUCUUCUCAGUGGUCUGGGUCCACACCGCUCACCAAAACCGCUACUGGUUUUGAGGGCACCGCAGGCAUUCCCUGGGGCCAAAAGAUCAAGUACAAGUUUAUCGUGGACGGCGAAUGGGUCACCCACGAGGACCAGCCAACAGAGACAGACCCCGGAGGUUUCGUCAAUAAUGUGUAUACCGCGCCCUCAAAGCCUGUGGACGAGGCCACUGUCGCUCCAACUGCCUCCGACUCCGACUCCAUCCCCGUCAAAGAUGAGGCUGAACCCACAGAAAACGGUCACGCUACCAACGCUAACGGCGCUGCUCUGGCAGAGGUCGCGCCCCCAGCAGAUCUAUCUGCACAAGUUCAGCCAGUAGAGUCUGAGCCGACCAAGCCUGACGUUGCUGAGGCCUCUCCGACCGAAGAGGAUAAGGUCGUAUCCGAAGCCUCAGAUAAGCCUACGAACACUUCUGCAACUGAUUCCCAGUCGUCUGCUGACCCCCCAAGCACCGAAUCUACACCAGACGACGUGGCUUCUGGUGUUGGAGCCGCUGAUAACACCGCGGUUGUUGUAGAACCUGUUAACACUCAAAAGAUUUCCAUCCCAAUCCCCAACGUCGACGACGCCUUCAAUGUCCCAGAAGACUCCCAGACGGCUCCCAACACAGCUGCACCCCAGUCUGCACUCUCGACGAAUACCGUGUAUUACGACGCCGAGUCACCUUUAUCACCUGUUGCUCCCAUUGUGCCUAUUCUCAUCGUUCCAGUCAACGCUGCUGAAAACAACACGGUCGCUCCUUCGGAGCAGGAGGUUGUUCCGGCUCCUGUCGCCGAAGUGGCUGUAGCUGAAACGGCAGUUCCAGAGCCUGGACUUGAAGCUGCUACACCUGUUGCUGAAGAGCUUGCUGCCGAAAAAGUCGCUGUUUCUCCGGAACCUGGUGUUCCCGCUGUUGAAGUCGUCCCAGAACCCGCUCCCCAGACUGCUGCGUCAUCCGAAGAAGCCGCAAAAGUAGAGGAAACCCCAGUGGAGAAAGCUGUAGAGGUUCCUAUGCCUACGGAUUCAGCAGUCGAGUCUGAAGCUGAUGCCACGCCUACGGCUACCGAAGAAGCAUCGACCAUUGUCGAGUCUCAACCAGAAGUUACUGAAGAGGUCGUCCCUGAGCCUGAAGCUGUCAAGGAAGUUGAUACGGUCGCGACUGAACCCGAGUCUGAAGCCGAUGCUUCAACAAAGACUUCUGAGCCAGUCGCUGUGGCAGACUCAGACCCUGUAGCUAAGGAAGCCGAGCCUGUUACUACCCUAGAGGAAACAAAGCCUGAGCCUGCUGCUGCUGCAGAAGAAGCGAAGCCUGAGCCUGUUGUUGCUGUAGAGGAGGCGAAGCCCGAGCCUGUUGUUGCUGUAGAGGAGCCUGAGCCUGCUGUUGCUGUAGAAGAGGUUAAACCCGAUCCUACAACUUCAGAAAAGGCGGCCUCAGAAUCUGCUGAUAUUGGCAGCAAAGAAGUCGAUACAGCUGUCGCAGAAGAAGUUGUUGCUCCUGCGCCAGUUGAAGCUGGACCCACAGAAACCAUUUCUGAACAUGAAACUCCUGUCGUAGCUACAGAAGCGCCUGUUGUACCCGCUGUUGAAGAAACAAUCGCACCCGUUUCCGAAGAGCAAGCAGCACCUUCGGAAGAUGUUGCACCCACAGUUGAGGACUCAGCUUCGCCCGUCGAAACUGGAGAGCCGUCUGCGCCUGCUGAUGUUGUCGCUGAAGUUAAAGCAGAGGAACCUACCUCAUCCGAAGCUGCUCCUACUACCGACAUUGCUGUCGAAGAACCUAUACCCAAAGUCACAGCGGAGGAGCCUAUACCACAGGAGGAACCAGAGGUGAAGGUGGAAGAGCCUGUUACCAGUGAGCCUGAGCCCGCUCCUGUCGUAGAAGCAACGCCCGAGGUCGAAGCUGAUGAAGUUGCCGUAACUGCCACAUCGAAACCUGAGCCUGAGCCCACACCCGUUCCUGCACAACUUCCUGUACCUGGCCUUCUUGCAUCAGCUGCUAUCCAAAACCACCUCGCUGAGAUCAAAGCUAAUGAGGAGACUGUUGCUGCUGCUGCCCCAGAAAGCUCAGAGCCUGCUGUAGAGGAAGCAAGCGAGGAGAAGAAAGGAACAGAUCAAGUCGACUCUGCUGCAGGUGUAAUUGCUGAUAAGGAAGAAGUACUCACACCUACAGUCAUCGAGGUUCCAGAGCCAACGCCUGUGGCUGAGACCAAACCCGAGGUGGUUCCAGCCGAGCCCGUGUCUGCUCCCGAAGCUGCAGAGACAAAGGAAGAGGUUGCUAUUCCAGUGGUUGAGGAGACCGUUGUUCCCCCUGUUGAUGCUGUCGUUGCUGAACAUUCAAGCGCUGCGCCACCUGUGGUUGAGGAAACUGUUGUUCCACCUGCGAUUGUGCAUGCAGUCGAUGAAUCUAUCACUACACCUGCGAUUGAGGAACCUCUUACUGCAACUGCGGCUGCAGCAGAUAGCCCGCCUGCUGUCGCUGAAGUAUCUGCCUCCGAAGCGAAAACCCCUGCUGCCACUGAGUCUAAGGUAGUUGAGGUAUCCAGCCCUACACCUGUUCCCGAAGCUCCAGUUUCCGAAUCUGUCCCCGCUCCCACAAAGGUAGAAGAACCUGAAAUUGUAUCUGUACCAAAGGAGGAUGCACCCGCCGCUGAGGUUAAGGCAGAAGAGAAACCUGCAACCAGCAAUGGCACACCUGUGACACCCGCCAAAGUCGAAGAGCCAUUCCCAUCAGAGUCAAAAGAUUCACCUCCAUCUUCAAAUGUGAACACAGUCCGCAAGAAGAGGACCUCUAUUUUCGGAAAAAUCAAGAAUCUUUUCUCAAGUGAUAAGGAGGAGAAGAAAGAAAAGAAAUAA